AUGGAGUUGGACAAAAUUGGCAACGUUCCGGCAGCUCUGUUCGAAAUGAAACCAGAAGCUUAUAUUCCCCAAUUCAUCUUCAUCGGCCAUCCUGAUCCUACUGUCGAGCAUUUUGUAAGUGGAAAUAAUGAUAAGAUCAUGAAAGGCUGCUUUGUCGGAAAGUUUUCUUCCGUUGCGAAAGUGGAGUUGAAUGAGAUUAUAGGACGAGUCAUAGGUUGGGAGCAAACAGCUCGUGAUUGUUAUUUGUUCAUAGGUCGGAGAAAAUUGGACACAGUCCAGUUUGUGAAGUUUCUAGUCAUGGAUGGUUGUUUCGUGGUCAUGUAUAUGCUGGUUUCUGUGUUCCCGGAGUUUCAGGACAUCGACACGUCAUCGUUCUUUUGGAGAUUCAACGAUGCAGUAUUCAGAGAUCUGUUACUGUUUCAAAACCAACUUCCUUUCUUUCUUCUCCGGUCUCUAUACGACCUGUGCGUCUCCAAUAAUCAAACUAUACUUGGAAACACCUCUUUCAUUCAACUUACUCAUCAAUUUUUUAUUGACCGUGAAGGGAUCGGUUAUCUUGGAAAGGAUUUUAGGGUAGAGGAAGACAAAUUAGAAGUGAAGCAUCUUAUUCAUUUUCUAAGUUGUUAUAUGAACUUUCCUCAUCAAGACGAUUCUUCAAAAUCAUUGGACGGCACCCCACUCAUGGUUUCUGUUUGGCCACCCACUGCCACUGAGCUUUACGAUUACGGCAUUUCUUUCGAGAAGAAAUCACAUUAUUCUCAAAAGAUGUUUGAUGAACGUACCGGCAUUCUCAGAGUGCCUCACAUCAUAAUAAAUGAGACUUUCGAAAGCACGAUGAGAAACAUCAUAGCUUACGAGUAUACAAUUCGCAAGAGUCCAGGCGUAAGCAACUUCUUGAUGUUCAUGCGUUUCUUGUUGAACUCCGACAACGAUGUAAAUUUGCUCAUAAAGGAGGGGAUUAUCCACAACCAUUUGGAAAGCGCAAAGGAAGUUACUAAGUUGUUCCAGGACCUUUGUAAGAACGUUGUGGCCGAAAGAAAUUUGUACAACUAUGAAUGUCAGAAAAUGAGAAAAUACUGCAAGCACCGCCGCCAUCGAUGGAUGGCUUCGUUGAAACACGACUAUUUUAACACGCCGUGGGCUUUGAUCUCCUUCAUUGCUGCCGUCGUCCUGCUUUUACUCACUCUCAUGCGAGCGGUGGUAGCUGUACUCUCCAUGCCUAAGCCUAAGUGA